UUGGAUAUAUAUUGUUUGAAUCAAAGAAUUUGAUAAAAAUUAGAUAUGUUUUUUAAUGUUAAAGAUAUUUCUUUUUUCAACCUUCUUUUAAUCUUCAAUCUUAGCGUUUUCAUUACAAGUUGCCUCGGAUCCAAGUUACCUUUACCGGAUACUCAAAUCGUGGGAGGGACUGCGGCUGAUAUAAGUCAGUUUCCUCACCAACUCAGUUUACAAACUACGGGACAUAUAUGCGGCGCUUCAGUUAUCAAUUCUCAAUGGGCUAUCACUGCAGCUCAUUGCGUCACAUUAUCAGCUAAUCGAUACCAUCUACGAGCUGGUAGUACAUAUAAAGAUCAAGGCACUAUUUACACCUUAAAAAGAAUUAUUGUACAUCCUAAUUACAAUUCUAAAACUAUCGAUUACGAUAUAGCUCUUCUACAGAUUGAUGGCACCAUACAAUUAAACUCGAAUGUCCAACCUGUAAAACUUGCAACAUCGGAACCAAAAGCUGGAACAAUAGUGAUUGUAACUGGUUGGGGCGCACUUAAGCAAGGAGGAUCAACUUCGGCUCGAUUGAUGCAAGUAUCGAUUCCUAUAGUGGACAGAGCUCAAUGCCAAAAAGCCUACAAAAAUUACAACACAAUCACAGACAGAAUGAUAUGCGCCGGUUACACCCAAGGUGGAAAGGAUUCUUGUCAAGGGGAUUCUGGUGGCCCUAUGGUGGCUCAAGGGACCCUCUAUGGCAUAGUAUCAUGGGGUUACAAAUGUGCUGAGCCAAAUUAUCCUGGAGUUUAUACGAACGUGGCACAUCUACGAUCUUGGAUUAAGAGUAACAGCGGAGUAUUCAACCAGUUAGUUGUUGGUUCUCAUCGAUCGAUGUUGGAGAUGGAAAUUAAGAAAAUAUUACCCUUAUUUUCCCUUUUUUUCGCGGAUGUUCUCGCGUCCGAAAAUUUGAAAUAUGUGAACAUCACGGAUUAUCCUUAUCACGUAUCCAUCGAGAAAUAUGGGGUACACACGUGCAGCGGAGCAUUGGUGCACGAAUUGUGGGUAAUAACCGCGGCAUCCUGCGUUUUUCAGGCAGACCCGUCCACGGUAACCGUGCGAGCGCGCUCGUCCACGCUUUCGACCGAUGGAGAUCAAUUGCAAGUGGACAAUAUCGUUGUACAUCAGGAUUUUGAUAAAUACGUUCUGCUCAAUGAUAUCGCGCUAAUCAAGUUCAAGCUACCUGUACAAUUUGGGGCCAAAUUAUUACCUAUAUCGCUUCCGGAAAAGGAAGACGAGAAGCUUAAUGAUGGAACGAUGUGUUUCGUGACAGGCUGGAGAAACACCUUGGCCGGUCCAGUGGAAUCUCGACUCACGGUGACAGCAGUGCCCCUCGUGAACCAGAGUACCUGCAGCUCGGCGAUUCCCUGUUACGAGCCUGUGUUCCAGAGAAUGCUCUGCGCCGGCAACAUGACCCAGGGGGUAGAGACGUGUCAGGGUGAUCCAGGUGCUCCGCUGAUGGAAGGGCAGACUCUGAUUGGCGUUCUAUCCUAUGGAUUAGGGUGUAAAACUAUGAUACAUCCGGGCGUAUACACUCGUGUCAGCAGUUACCUAGCGUGGAUCUCGGCAAAUUCCGAUAUCCACUAUAUAUAAGAUGAUAUCCGCGAAACUACAAUGUCAACAUUGCUUUAUCAGAAACACGCGGUACGAUCAAAGCUUCUUGUAUAAUUUAAAGAUAUGCCGAAAAGAUGAGAUGAAACUUCUUUCCAUAUCGUCAUUGUAAAUCUAAAAUUGAGAUUGACUAAACUCUUUUUCCUUAACUGGAAAUAUUCAUCGCUAUAUUCAUUUGCAUUAUAUCGAAUCAAAAGAAAAAUUUAAUAUUGAAAAUGAAGAAAUAAAAAUUAUUCUAUUUGCAUUGGA